CUACAUAUCAAGCACAGCCGUGACCCGUUGAAAUGGUAGGUAAUUCUUAGUCUGUGACUUGAUGAGGCACGAUGGCCAUUUAACUAUUUGUAACUACAUAGGAAACGCGCCGUUACGCUAACCCGAAUGAUGGAGAAUUACCUCGGCGUCUGGCCUGUGGACGGGACUGGAGCUACUUACCUAUAAUCUAUUAUUCGGCUGGUUCGAUGAGCAUCGUUCGUUUGGCAAGACGCUAUUUUUAUCUCCCGGUACACUCUUUGCCCGCGUUGUAUAGAUUUAGACCGGCUUCAAUCGUGUUAAUCUGUCGCUCAGAUUCGUAGCUAUAGACGUCCUGAGUUUCAGGCAUAUUUAUCAUCGCGUCCUGUAGCUUGUUGCUUCACGAAAUACCCCUGUACCGCAUCAAGCAUGGCAGAGCUUCCCUUCGAUCCCACCAUAUUACCAGCAGAUGACUCCUGUCCGUUUUGCAACAUUGCAAAAAUGUACCCGUCGUUCCCGCCCGAACAGCCUCCUGUCCCAGGCUCGCCAGAGCUUGACCCCUUCAAGCUUACCCCGGCCUCAUUCGUCGUGCUAUCUACGCCCAUGCUCAUGGCUUUCCUCGACAUAAUGCCCCUGUCCCACGGGCAUCUCCUUCUCUGUCCACGAUCGCAUAAGCCAAAGCUCUCUGACGUAUCGCGCGAAGAGGCUGCCGAGCUAGGAUCCUACCUGCGCAUCCUCUCCAAAGCCCUCUCGCGGACAACGGGCGUCUACGACUGGAACGUUGUGCAGAACAACGGCGCCGCGGCGGCGCAAGUCGUGAACCAUGUCCACUACCAUCUCAUACCGCGCCCAGAGAUCCGCGCGAGCGGCAAGUUCCGCGAGAGCUUCACCAUGUUCGGCCGGGGCCAACGCGAAGACCUAGAUGACGACGAAGCGGUCGAGCUAGCUGCGAAGCUUAGGAGCAAUAUCGCAACGAUAUUAGAUGAAGAGACACGCAAAGGGAAGUUAUGAAAUACGCAGGAUAAGAAAAUAGGCACACUACAUGAAAGAAUCCCGCGUGACUUUGGCACGCGCACCAAGGGACGGAAUACUAGGCUCUCGACGUCGCAUUACUAUUAAGCUACCAUGAGCUGUCUAUCGUCUAUUUUUAUCUACUCUUGCCAAUGAUAGCCCGGAUCGCGCCGAUUCUAGUACGCAAGUUUAUUCGUCAUCGCCAAAGAAGACCUUAACGGGCAGCCAGUUGUCGCUGCAAACCUUGAACCGGUCCUUCAGGUUCGACAACUUGGAAACUUCCUCGUCCGUCAGAGACCAGCCGUCGAGGGCAAAGUUACC